CGAGGGGCGGCGCGCCUGCGCUUCUGGGGGCGGCGGUCGCGUUUUGUGGCUCCAGCUCUACUCUGACCGUAUCUGGCCAGAAGAGCCAUCGCGUCCAAAAGUCGCGACAUCAGCACCGCACAAUGUAAAUGACAACGGCAACUCUGAUAGCAAGUCAAUAUUGCUAAAUAGAAAAACAUCCACACCGCAUUUGCAGGAAAAAACAAACGGGGCCGAGAAAGUGAAAUAAUCAUGCAUUGCCCGCCGCCACCAUCUACUAUGACGACAAUAGUGUCCGACUGAAAGCGUCGUAUAUCAAAACAAUCUGGUGUAGUGCAUUUCCAUUGCUCGAGAAGAAAACUAUUAUGGAGGACUCCGACGUCGAUCGUUUGACUUUAGUACUCGGCGUGAUCCUCGCAUCAAUAGUGAUAGCCUAUGUGAGCUACAGGUUCGGCCUCAUUUCGAUGUUGCUGACCUGGAUCCAGGCUAUCGGGCAAGAAAAAGUCAAUUUUACUCGACUGAAGGAGUAUUUUAACGGGAACGGUUACAUAGUUCACUCGGAUUCGGACAUUCAGAUAGGACCAAGCGGCAGUUUCAAGCGGUUCGAUUCUGUGGACAAAGACAUUAAGAUUGCCACGUCGAAUUUCGGAGGUGGAGGAGGAGGCGGCGUCGUCGAUGGAAACGGGAGCGACUCGGAGGCUGAUGCUAUUCCGCCGCAGCCGUUGAGGCCAGCUCCCGCAGCCCCACUUCCAUCAUCGCAAACCGCUGAAAGCCAAUCGCAAUUAUCUCUAAUCGAAACUGUGUUUUUUCGUAGGGAAAGCGCGUCGAAAAGCAGCACAUCGAUCAAGCCUCUGCCGCGACCCGUACUCUCCGCCAACUUUCUGGCUACCAGAAGGUGCAUCGCUUACGGAUCGCCGCCUCCUAUCGCCGGCCCAGGUGGUGGCGGCGGCUGGGAAUCAUCGCCGCAGCCGCCGCCUCCUCAUCCACCUCCUCCUUCUUCGCCACCAGUCGAUGCGAGCGGCUCCAACGAGACCAUUGCCAUUCUGGAUCGCCUUCAGGCCGAAUCCACUCUGCUCAAUAUGGCCUUGGCCGUGGACGCCGAGGAACCAGAUACUUCAUCCCCGAGGACGCACCACGUGUCUGGGCAUUUAUGCAUUAGUUUAGAAUACGAUAACGAACGCAGCGAGAUGAUCGCCAACAUACUUGAGGCGCACGAUCUAGUGAAUCCAUUUGGGCUGUGCGAGCCGGUCAACUCCUGCAUCAAAAUAUUCUUGUUACCUGAUGUUAGUAUUAGCGUGCAGACCAAAGUGUGCGAGGACUCCAGCAAUCCCACCUACAAGGAGAGAGUAGUCUUCUCUAUGGAUCCUGGAAACUCGAUAUACACGGCGCUGCUCUUCCAGAUCUACACCGUUAACGUGUACUCGGACUCGCUCAUUGGGGAAGGCGAGCUUAGCCUUCUCGACUUUAACAUCAAGCAACCGUCGACCACUUGGGUCACAAUCACAGAUUGCGGACAAGAGACCGGCUAUGGCGAAUUGAUGAUCUCACUGAGCUACCUUCCGACUGCCGAGAGAUUGACCGUGGUGAUAAUCAAAGGUCGAAACUUUAGCUUCUGCAACUCCAUCAAAACUGGAAAUUCUUUCGUAAAACUAUCGAUAACGCAGACCGGAAAUCGGAUCCACAAGCAGAAAACACCCGUGAAGUACGGUGAGCACAGCCCUAUCUUCAACGAACUGAUGAUCUUCCAUCUGCCAAUCUAUUCAUUACAGGGAAUCAAACUGGAUUUCACGAUAGCGGAGGCGUCCGGUAGUGGCGAGAAGGUCUGCACGAUAGGUCACGUAAGCAUUGGACCGGAAACGUACGGUCGUUCUUUGAACCAUUGGAACCAGAUGCUGGCUUCGAUGCGUAAGCCAAUAGCGAUGUGGCAUUCCGUCUCGAAUCCAUGAACGAUACCAAUCAAAAAUUGUACAUAAUACUCCACCACACUCUAUUGAUAAUCAACGUAGUAGGCAAAGUUCUUUGGUUCUUUUGUUCUCUGGUGGCACUAGCACCAUGUAAUAUGUGUAUACCCGAAAACCUACUUCCAUUCAUGUGAUAAACGGCCUUUUCUCGUUCAUUUAAACCUUUAAAAAUAUAAUAAAUAAAUGUGUACAUUAUAUCUAUUUCCAAUAUAAAAUGUAAUUUUAAAGGAGCCUAAAUACUGUCGUAAGGCUCUAAUCUAAGUAAGAUACGAUUACUGUAUUU